CAUGCAACACAGACCCAGAGAGACAGAGCGAAGCUGCAGGAUGCUGUUAGGAGACGUCUUUCCCAACUUCGAAGUCGAUUCCACUUUUGGCCGAAUGAAAGUGCAUGAUUUUCUGGGAGACUCCUGGGGUGUGCUCUUCUCUCACCCUGGAGACUUCACGCCCGUCUGCACCACCGAACUCGGCCGGGCCGCUCAGCUCAGUCCAGAGUUCAUCCGGAGGGACGUCAAGCUGAUGGCGCUCUCCGUGGACGGUGUGGAGGAACACCAGCGCUGGAGUCAGGACAUCGUGGCCUACAACAACACAGAGGCUGGGAGCCAGCUGCCCUUCCCCAUCAUCGCAGACGUCCGGCGGGAGCUGGUGCAGAGUCUGGGCAUGCUGGACCCCGACGAGAAGGACCCCGGCGGGAUGCCGCUCAGCGCCAGAUGUGUGUUUGUGAUCGGGCCAGAUAAGAAGUUAAAGCUGUCCAUUCUCUAUCCUGCAAGUACAGGACGAAACUUUGACGAGAUUCUGCGUGUCAUUGACUCGUUACAGUUAACGGCACACAACCGCGUGGCUACGCCUGUGGACUGGAGGCCUGGAAACUGUGUGAUGGUUCCUCCCAGCAUCCCUGAGACGGAGGCGGCGGAGCUCUUCCCCGCUGGAGUCUACACCAAACACCUUCCGUCUGGGAAGAGAUACCUGCGCUACACACCACAACCCAACAGUGAUCCUCCAGUUUAAUACACUGCAGCUUUCCACAGAGAUCGCUCAACCAAAAAUCUUUAUUCGACAAAAAAAGCGGUGAAAAAAAAACCGUAUUUCCAUUCUGGUCCUUGAUGUAAAAAUGUACGUUAACACAAAAAGAAUCCUGAAGACAUUUUCAAUAAACAAGAACAAGAAACAAAACUAUUCUAAUUUGCUUUUUUACAUUUCCAUGAACGGUUUAUUAAAACUAUCAAGUAUAUAUCAAGUAAAUUUGUUUUUACAUUAUUCCAAAAUAACUUUUAGAAUAAAAUAUCAAAUUUCAA